UGUUUUGUAACAGAUACGUGGUUGGUGCCCGACCAUACAGUAACACCGCAACAAUAACACGUUGAAAAAAAGAUUCUUCGGUCUCGCUUCCUAAGUCUAUCAUGAUAAGGUCAACGAAUUUGCCGAGCGAAGAUACACAAUUAGUAUAAGCGCAAUUCAACGAUCAUGGAGCAGCUAAUAAUCCUAAUAUCGAUGUUAUAUCAAUUAUAUUGUCCAUUCACAAAAGUUGAGGAAAGUUUCAAUCUGCAGGCUAUGCAUGAUAUCCUCUAUCACGGCUUCAAUCUGACAGAGUAUGAUCAUCACGAAUUUCCUGGAGUGGUACCACGUUCUUUUCUGGGACCUAUUGUAGUAUCUGGUUUUGCCUCGCCAUUAAUAGCAUGCCUUAAUUAUCUAAAGCUCAAUAAAGUUAUUGCUCAAUAUGCAGUAAGAACAACGUUGGGGGUAUUGGUGAUAGCUACAUUCAAGUUAUAUAGGCACGCUUUACAGAAUAUCUUUGGGUUGCAGUUUACAAAAUGGUUUAUUGCCAUAACUGUAACGCAAUAUCAUUUUAUGUACUAUCUCAGUCGUCCACUGCCAAACAUAAUGGCUAUGCCUUUAGUGUUACUCGCCUUAUUUGGAUGGCUAAAGCAAAAUUAUGUGAUAUUUAUCUGGGCAUCAGCUGCAGCGAUAAUAAUAUUCAGAGCAGAACUCGCCAUACUUUUAGGAUUGUUCCUAUUAUUUGAUAUAGCUAGCAAAAAACUUUCUAUACAGAGACUAUUUAAAAUCGCAGUUCCAGCUGGUAUAUUGUUCUUAGCACUUACUGUUGCUAUAGAUUCAAUAUUCUGGAGACGCUUAGUGUGGCCAGAAGGCGAAGUAUUUUAUUUCAACACUAUUCUUAAUAAGAGCAGUGAAUGGGGUACAUCACCAUUUUUAUGGUACUUUUAUUCGGCGUUGCCAAGAGGUCUAGCAUUUUCAUACUUUCUAGUUCCUGUGGGGAUGUUUUGGGAUGCUAGAGUUCGUACGUUUACCAUCCCAGCUAUUGUAUUCGUCGCAUUAUUGUCAUUUCUACCACAUAAGGAAUUGAGAUUUAUCAUAUAUGUGUUUCCAUUACUAAAUGUUGGUGCAGCUGUUGCUUGCCAUAGAAUAUGGGAAAACAGAGCAAAAACAAAGUGGCAUGGUUUUUUAGCACUGGUAAUCCUGAUUCAUGUUGCAUUAAAUAUUGUAUUCUCCACAUUUCUGCUAUAUGUGGCUAAUUUUAAUUAUCCUGGAGGUGUGGCAAUUACUAGAUUACAUAAACUCGAGAAAAACUCGAUCGAACCAAUACAUGUACAUAUCGAUGUAUUUACUGCGCAAACCGGAGUAUCAAGAUUUACACAGACCAAUGCUUCUUGGAUAUAUUCGAAACAAGAGAAUUUGACUAUUAAUGAUCCUGAAAUGCUUCAGUUCACUCAUCUUUUGAUAGGAGCAAAAAGCAAAUAUUCUCCAAAAAUAAAAUCUUAUCUUAAAACCCAUAAUAUUAUAGAUUCUAUCGAUGCAUUCUCGCAUAUAGCAUUUAAUUAUAACAUGAUACCGCCUAUUAGAGUUAAAACAAAACCUAGUAUAUUUAUUAUGAAAAGAAAAUCGAAUAUCACAUACGAUCCUCAUAAAGCAAAAUCUUCGAUUUUCGUAAAGAAUCCUCCAACACAGAUAGAUAAUAUAAAAAAUGUAGAAUUUAACAUGUCACAUGAAGUAAAUACAAUAAAACCAAUAGUUCAUAAUAUUGUGGAGUCAUCAGAAAAAUUUGGAAAGCCAGAAAAAAUUGAUAAACAAAAUUUAUCAGAUAUAGAAAAGAUCAAAGAAAUGAUUAUUAAUAUCGAUGAAGAAGUCGAAAUGUUUAACAAUCUAAUAGAAAAUAAUGCGACAUCUAUGGAAAAUACUACUACGUGGAAAAUUGAAGAUAGGAAUAAAUUAUCGCCAAAUUCAAAAGAUAAAAAAGAAAAAAAUUUGGAUUCUCAGGAAAAUUUCGAAAGUAUUCCUAAUAUUUAUGAUGCUAAACUUGAUGAAAAAAUAAAAACGAACAUUGAAGAAAAAAAAAUUAUUAAGGAAAAACUUGAAAACGAUUUAAAUCUGCAACAAGAAACUCAGGGCACUAAAAAAACGAUUAAAAAAAUUAUCCAGGAAAAGAUAAAAGAAGACAAUCAAAAAAGAGAAACAAAUGAUGAACGAAAUGCAGAGUUUCCAAUAAAAUUAAUGAAAAGAGGAGCUAUAACAACAGAAUGGCCAAAAAGAACGAAAAUGUUACAAUCCAAUUUACAAGAAGCAAAGGAUUUUAAAAUCUUAACAAUUCAAGAUAAAAUUCAAGAUCAAAAGAUUGCAAAAGAACAUAUAAAAAAUGAUGAUAAACAAAAAUUUAAUAAAGCAAAAGACACUACACAGAAGACAGAUAAAAUCAAGAUAAUAAAAUCAGUUAAUCGAGAGCAAAUCGCGGAAAACGAAGAUCUAAAUAAAGAAAAAAUUGUAGAUGUAACAAUAAAGAAGAUUACAAAAACACAUGAGAGCAUUGAUACAAAAUUACCUGUCACUGAGGGACAAAUUGUAAAGAAAGAAGGUAAACAAGAUCUUAAACCGUCAAAAUCAAUAAAUGUAAGAGAAAGUAUAAAAAAUAUAAUAAAUCAAUUUAAAGAAUUUGAAAAAGAUUUUAUAUAUGAAAAUAUUGAUUCAAUGACAUCAACAAAUGAUAUAAGCCAUACAAAUCAUAUUGAGAGCAAUCUACACAUAACAGAAAUGGACAACAGUAAUACAGAUCAUUCUGUAAAAAGUGAGAAUCAAGUUGUGGUAAAAGAUGCUAGAGAAAGUUUCAAAGAAAUAUUAGAUCAAUUUAAGCAUAUCAAGGAUGAAUUAACUUUAGAGGAGGAUGAUCAAUUUGAUGAAAUCGCAGCAAAAUAUAUGGAACAGCCAAUUGCUGAAACAUUAUUACAGUUUAGUGAAGCUCUAAAAGCUUUAAUGCAGCAAAGAAAGAAAACUUUGCCUGAACAUACGACCAACUUGUAUGAUAACCAAAAUAUAAACAUAUCAGAUAUCAGAAGAUGAUUAUAGCUCAGACAUCAAAUAAAAUUUACAAUAAAAAAAAUCAUCACAAGCAGCAACAAAAGAUAAUGCGAAGAAGACGAAAAUGGAAAAUGGUUAUGCGAUCAUUAAGAAAUCAUAAACUGUAUAAAUAAAACGGAAAGGCAGAUACGAUAGUGCAAAUGUAAAUAGACUAAAACAAGAUGUUAUUAUGAUUUCUAAUAUAAAACAAGUAUAUAUAAGAGUUUUAAAAAUCGUAUUAAAAAUGUCUUUCUUUACUUUUUAUAGUAUCAAUCUUAUUUACAUUAUUUGAAAUAUGUAAAUUUAUGAAAUAAUGUAAAUAAAGAUUGGUAUUAUAAGAAAUAAAGUAUGUAAAUAAAGAUUGGGACUAUGAGAGAUAAAAAAAAUUCGAUUAGAAAAAUAUUAAAAAUUAAUUAAAUAGUCAGGGCAAUUAAAUAUUGUUUUGUAAGUAACUUCAUCAAGUGUUACUAGUGAAACAACUAUGUAAUUAUGAGACUAUGUAAAUACGUUUUCCUGUGAUAUCAAAAAUGUUAUAUUUUUUAAUGUAUGCUUACAUAUUAUCAAUAUGCAAAGCAUAAAAUUUAUUUUUCCAAUGUGAGAUAUUCAUAUAAUGAAUUGUGAAAAUGGUUUGGUGAAAAAGUACUAUAUAAUUUUUCGUUUUAUUGAUUUAUAUUACAUGCAUAAUUUAAAUUUUUACUUUGCAUAAAAUUGUACAAAUAUAGAAAAAAAAUAUAUUAAUUUAUAUAUAGUAAUCAAGAGAGAGAUACAAACAUUUUAUGUAGUUUUAUAAUUUCAUUAUUACUUUCUCUUCUUUCAUUACAUAUAUUUUUAAGUGCAAUUAUAGAUAAUUUAUUUGUUUGUAAACUGUGCAAAGCAUUGAAUUGAUACGUGAGUUAUAUUAUUAUCAGAUUUUUGCAUUUAGAAAUUGCUUAUAUAAAAUUUCUGUUCCUCUGAUUAUAUAGUGUUAUGCUUGUGUUUGUAUGUAGUGAAUCAGAUAUUAAAUCAUAAAUUUACAAUAACAUAAAUUAUAUAAGUUAUCUAUCAUAUGUAAUAUAUUAUGUAAUAUUUACAGAUUAAUAUUUAAUUUUCAUUCAUAUUGGUAUCUACAGAGCAAUCAAGUGCCUUAUUAAAUCUCUUCCAAUAUUUGGAAUGGUGUUAAAAAUAAAUGUAUAUAUAUGCAUGAAUAUAAUAACUGUACAUGUGCUUAAUAAUUAUAUAAAUUAUAUUAUAUGUAUUAGUAUUUUAUAAAUUGAAAUUGUUCGAUAUAUUAAAGAGAUAAAGAUAUUAUAGAGAUAUUAUAAAGAGAAUUUACAAAUUAAUUCUUAGAACACAUCUAUUUAAAUGUUUAUUUUAUGUGAUGGAAAAAGAAUAUUGUUACAAUAUAUGUAAGAUUAAAA